AAAGAAAAAAUGAAGGAGCUCCCCCUGGUGUCUCUCUUCUGCUCAUGCUUCCUCUCAGACCACUUAAACAAACCAUCUUACAAAUACGAAGUAGACACUGUAGACCUCACCUGGUGCGUCAUUUCUGACAUGGAGGUCAUCGAACUCAACAAGCGUACCUCGGGCCAGUCCUUUGAAGUCAUCCUCAAGCCACCAUCCUUUGAUGGAAUCCCCGAAUUCAACGCCUCCCUGCCCCGACGACGUGACCCUUCACUGGAGGAGAUCCAGAAGAAGCUGGAGGCUGCUGAGGAGAGGCGUAAGUAUCAGGAAGCAGAGCUCCUGAAGCACCUGGCAGGAAAGCGGGAGCAUGAACGGGAAGUCAUCCAGAAAGCCAUUGAAGAGAACAACAAUUUCAUCAAGAUGGCCAAGGAGAGGCUGCUCCAGAAAAUGGAAUCCAACAAGGAGAACCGAGAGGCCCAUUUAGCUGCCAUGUUGGAGCGCCUGCAGGAGAAGGACAAACACGCUGAGGAGGUCAGGAAGAACAAGGAGCUAAAGGAAGAGGCCUCAAGGUAAAGAGGCCCCUGGGAACAGUGACAGUUUGGACUGACAGCUCCAAGGAAGGACGGCAGCAGGCGGCGAUCAUGGCGGCGGCCGCCUCAGCGCAAAGUGUUGACUGACGAAUCGGGACUGACCUCUGCUUUCGUUGUUUGUGAAUGUAAAGAAGUUGAUUGGUGAAGCCAUCCUGUGUGUUUCAGGGAGGGAGGGGGACAUAAGGGGAAGCGAAAGCUGGAAG